GCAAAAGCUUUUGAUUUCCGAGGAAACGACAACCAUGAUCUACUUAGUUCUCUGUAAAGUUGCGUUUUCGGUCAUUGUAAGCUGAUGCAAUGGGCUGCUUUUCAAAGAUCAUUGACUAGGUGUGACAUUUAGAGGUAUGAGUGCAGGGACUGUUGAGUGUGUGUUGCUGUGGGUUUGUGGUGGUCUCCUCAUGGUGUCCGGCGUGGUGCUGCACGGAUGUGGUUUAAUUCAGUUUGAAACAGGAAACACGGUUCAUUCUGUCUCUCAUUAGUCCUUUAAGUGACUUCAAGCAAUAUACAUCAAAAUGGAAGUGGACUGAGAGGUGUCUUUACAGGUAUGAUUGAAGUCAAAAGUCAGCAAGGAAUUCUCCUUGCCGUCAUUUCUUUGGCUUCUCUUGGUUGCGUCUAUGCCUUCUGUUUGUGUUGUAAAAAGAGAACUAUUAUACGCCAAGAGGACAACAUCCUGUAUGAUCAAAAUGAAAGCGAUGAACAUAACAGUCAUGUUGUCAUCCAACCAGAAAAAGUGAUUAGACCACACCAAGAACCUUCAACGUCAACGAAAUCAACGUCGAUGUUAACUAGUCCUACAAACACAGGCAAGAUCCACUGCAGUUAUCAGAACUUUCCAAAUCGAGGUGGCAUAUAUGAACCAACAUAUGUGGACCCAAUUCCAGAUUUCCUUUAUGCAAAUGAAGAUGAUGAAGAAAUGGAUAUGGGAACAUACGAGAAUGUUAUUCUAACGACAGAAGUUCAACAUGACUCAGACAGCUAUGAUUAUGAAAACAGUAACUUCCUGGCCAACAGACCUGAAGAAUCAGAAUAUGCGAACAACGAAAGCUGAACACUUUUAAUGGGAAGUUAAUGUUGUCCAUAAGCCUUUGACUUAAAUGAGACUCCUCUUUUAUAUUAUAAUUAUAAAUUGUAUACAUUUUUAUGACUUUAAUAUAAAAAAAAUAGAACAUGUUGGCUUCCAUUAUGUAAGUUGACGUGCCGUUAAAAAUGAGCCUGAUGUAUUUAUGUAUAAAUAAUAAUAUAAGAUGUUCAGUGCGCCACUGUGUGUAGAUGUAUUAUCUGAUCAUCAAUAAAGAUUCAUAAUGUUCAAACCAAUUUUUUAUCUUAAGAAAAUUGUUGUACAAUUUCAACAGUAUUUUACUCAAGAUCAUAAUGUAUGGAAACUAUACAAAAAGAACUUUAAAAAGUUUUGAGCCGUAUUUGAUAAUUGACUAACCUGCCGCUCUUGUCACAUUUCAACUAAACAAGUAUGGGGGCUAUGGAAGAUAUUUGUGAAAGUUCAUCACAUAAAAACAUAAUAGCCCAAUAGCGAUUGAUGUGUUUUUCCACCAUACUAGUCAAACAAGCCCUUGGUCCAUAACAAAUGACAACAGCAGUGUAAAUGUU